GGCCGUUCGUUCCUGCACCUCCUCUUUUGUACGUCUACCCGUUGCUGCAAUGAAAUCCGAACCGAUCCUGCUGGCACUAUUCCUUUUCAGUGGUUUGAACGAAACAUGCAUGUCUCAAUCUCGACACACCAACAAUAAGAGCGACAGGAAUGCGAUCAGCAGCAACCCGCCUCCACCGGAACCUCUAGGUGACGGGAGAAGCGGCGAUACCAAAGAUCDCUCUUCGGGAGUAAAAGGCAUCAGCAGCCGCCAAGUCGCACCGUUCGACACGGACAUACGGGAUGAUUGCCGCGAUCUCCUGGAGUUCUGCCAGUCGCACKUAUUCAAGCACGUCUAUUUGCAAUGCCCCGGUCUGUGCACGAACUAUCUUAGCGAGGAGGGGAUGAUUGGAACGGCCCACGGCAAUACAGAUGUUUUGUACGAAGCCGGAUCGCUGCGUACCUACUUCAACGAUGGGACGGGAACCGUCGAUGCAGAUCGGUUCGAGGGCUACGUCGUAGUCUUUGCAGUCGUUCCGCUCUUGCCGGGAAUGGCAACUUAUUACCAGAGCAUGAUGGAGCACUUGCACGGCAUCUUCGAUCCCAAYGUAGAAUUUGUGAUUCUACCGAUCGAUCUCGAAUUCCAAGACGAAUUUCUCUUGUCUCGAGACAAGGAACGCGGAAAAGUUCUUGUGUUGGAGAAACAAUCUGCACAUAGCGUUACGGAUACGCAUCCCUGGGUGAAGCAUCUCAGUGCGAUCAGGCCAAAGAGUGGCUUGGGCACCAAAGAAUUCGGGRAUGGCGUUAAUAUAGAACAGCGGCCGCUCCAAACCGAUCGCGUUUCGGUCUACAUCGUUAGCGCGGAUGGAUACUAUGUCGAGCAAUUGAUAGCACCGAGCAUGAAAAAGCUCAGAGAACGUAUCCGCAUCUACUCGAAAAGUAUUGAUUACGAGCUGUAAUGUGUUCCGUGUCAUCCAAUUAUCGACUCUCCACGAAUUGCAGAAAAGAAGGGUACUAUAUGUGUCUAUUACCGGAGAAUCAGUCGUCAGGGGGAAAAAAAACACGAACGACACAC